CCGUACACAGGCAGCUAACAAGACAGACUUCGAUAUCAGAUUUCCAAAUACCGGGAUUGUAGCUUAGGAGCUCACUAAUGAAGAUCGAGGCAUAUAUAUGGCCUUGUAUCCUAUGCAUAAUGCACAAUGUUAUAGUCCUCCACUCAGUCUUACGCCAAACCUCUCGAAUCGGUCCAAUAUUCCAUAAUACCUUUCAAGAUGACAACCAACAAAGCUGCAUGGCUCAAGAAAGCUGGAGCUCCUCUGUCAGUGUCGGAUGCGCCAAUGCCUAUUGCCGGCUCGAACGAGCUUGUGAUUCAUAACCACGCUGUUGCUAUCAACCCCUUAGACUGCCAUAUGCAAGACUCUGGCGUUUUUGUCCAGCAGUGGCCUACAAUUUUCGGAUGCGAUGUGGCGGGUGUUGUCCAUCAAGUCGGCUCCGAAGCUCAAGGUCGCUUCAAGAGGGGAGAUCGUGUCAUUGGCCAUGCAGUCAGCCUGGUGACCGGUCGUCCUCAAGACGGAGCAUACGCCCAGUACUGUAUCGUCCUGGCCACCAAAGCAGCCAUUCUGCCGCCACAAAUCUCGUUCACAUCUGGCGUCGUCGUACCUUUCGCCCUUGAAGCAGCGGUCUGCGCCCUUUCGCUCGAUAAGCCUGGAUUUGCUAUGCCAGGUAUACAAACACCGGCGCUACGACUCCCGUAUCCAUCGUUGACUGCGAAACCUAUGACCAAAACCCUUGUUGUCUACGGCGGCUCAUCAUCUGUUGGGAGCAUGACAACUCAGCUUGCCAAUGCAGCAGGAGUGCGAGUCAUAGCUAUCGCUAGCAAGAAGAACUUUGAAUUAUGCCGAUCAUGCGGUGCUAAAGACGUCUUCGAUUAUCAUGAUGGGUCAUUCGUAGAAGAUGUCGUUGCAGCUGUCAAGGGGUCUCCCGAAUCCUUUAUUGGAAUAUUCGACGCCGUAUCUACAUUCGAGACGUACAAAGAUGACCUGGUCAUUCUGGAGAAACUAGGUGGAGGACAUUUGGCAUGUGUUCAUCCGCCGCCGCCGAACAUCCCGAAAGACGUGGAGGCUGGAAUGAUCUUUGCAGUCAAUGAUAUCGCAACGCCUGUUUGGCAGGAUUAUGUUACAGGGGCAUUGGAAUCUGGGAAGCUGCAAUGCUUACCUCCUCCGAGUGUCGUCGGUGUGGGAUUGGAGUCUAUUGAUGAGGCACUACAGAAGUGCAAAGCGGGUGUUAGUGCAACAAAGCUGGUCGUGGAACUUUAAGCUCCGGCCAGAAAGAAGAAGUGCAAGUCGUUCUCUCUUAUGGCUUCGUAGUAAGCACGCUCUGUCAUUGUAGAUCUCGUCGUCAGAGUAGCAGUAUGAAGAUUC